CGUCCUCAUUCGUUUGCUUUUUUGAACAGAAAUCAAGCAGAGCCAUCUCCGGUUUAAACAGCAGAUGUUGUUGAAAUCGAACAUAUAAAAAGCAAAGAAACAUUAAAUUAGAAGUAGGUUCAGGGGGAGCUGAUCAAGACGGUUUUAUAAAGGAGUUACCUGUCAUGGCUGGAAUUUCAUUUCCAGGGAUUGGUUUGCUGUUACUGUUUAUGUUAAUGGUUUUGGAAAGUCAUGUGAAAGCAGAAUGGAUUGUUCCACCGGUUAAAAUAAGAGAAAAUGAAGAUUAUUCCAGCAAAAACCCAAUUGCCAAAAUUCGAUCAGAUGUAAAAGAUGUAGUUAAAUACGAAAUUGUUGGUGAAGGAGCUGAUCAGAAACCUUAUCGCUUAUUUAUUAUUAAUCCAGACAGUGGUGAAAUUAGCAUCACAGCAAUUGUUGACAGAGAAGAAAAGGCCAUCUACGAACUGAAAGGACGUGCUUAUAACGCUGUAGGAAAACAAGUGGAAAGUGAUAUUGACCUGAAGAUUAAAAUUGAAGAUGUUAAUGAUAACAGCCCCAGGUUCACACAGAAAACAUUUUCUGGGAGUGUUUAUGAACUGAGUGAGAGAGAUACUUUUGUAAUGCAAAUAAAUGCAACUGACGCGGAUGAGCCAAACUCAAGAAAUUCACUCAUUGCUUACGAAAUACUUGAACAGAGCCCUGCAGAAAUGUUUUAUGUUGAAAGGAACACUGGCAGAAUUAUGGUAGCACAGUCAACCCUUGACAGAGAGACACAGUCAAAGUAUACUCUUACGGUACAAGCCAAAGAUUUGGAUGGAGAAUUGGGUGGUUUGGCUACCACAGUACAACUUGACAUUAAAAUUAAAGAUGUCAAUGACAAUGCUCCAGCACUGGAGAUGCAGUCUUAUGAAGGCAGUGUUGUUGAAAAUACAAAAGAUGUGGAAGUAUUGAGAAUGAAAGCCCUUGAUGCAGAUGAAGAAUUUUCAGACAACUGGCUUGCUGUAUUCGAAAUUGAAUCGGGCAAUGAAGGAGGUUACUUCAGGAUUGAGACUGAUGCUAAGACUAAUGAAGGGAUUUUGAUUCUCCAAAAGGAAGUUGACUAUGAAGAACUACAGAGCCUUGCCCUUGGAGUUGUUGUCAGAAACAAAGCAGCUUUCCAUAGUUCUGUUACAAUCACCAGCACUAAUGUUAACAUAAAUGCGGGUGGAGGAGGAGGAGGAGGAAGUGGUUUUGGAUCAGGUGGAGGUUCCUCAUCAUCAUUUUUCACUCUAAAACAAUUUCCAGUUAAAAUCAAAGUGAAAAAUGAGCCUGAAGGUCCUAAGUUUAUCCCAAAGGUAAAGGCAAUUUACAUUUCUGAGGAGACGUCAAAAGUCGAUCUUUCAAAAGUAAUUGCAAAGUAUCCAGCCAUUAAUGCAGACACUGGAAAAAUUGCUGAGAAAGUCAAGUAUGUAAAGAAAUAUGAUCCUGAUAAUUGGCUGAUAAUUGAUCUGAAGACUGGAGAUAUUAAACUUGCAAAAGUACCAGACCGUGAAUCAAAAUUUUUGGUUAAUGGCACAUAUACUGCAGAAAUAUUGGCCAUUACAGAUGAUUUACCUGCUAAAACCGCUACUGGUACUGUUGCAAUCCAGGUAGAAGACUUCAAUGAUCACUGUCCAGUUCUUACAAGUACCUCUACAGACAUGUGUUCUGAUGAGAAAUCGGUGGUAGUCACAGCUGUAGAUGAAGACGCGGAUCCCAAUAGUGUCCCCUUCAAAUACGAGAUCUUUGAUGAACCUAAGGGUACAGUGCAGAACUGGAAAAUUGAACAUCUCAAUGGAACUAGCAUGCUACUCAGACCCACAAAAACCUUUUGGCCUGGUCAGUACAGUGUAACCCUUUUAAUAUAUGAUCAGCAGGGGAAAUCCUGUAGUGACAAGCAGGUUCUAAAUAUUGCCGUCUGCACCUGUGAAAACACCAGGGCCUGUGUACCAGUCACCGACAGACUUCAGUCAACUGGAGCUAGACUUGGACCUGCGGCUAUUGGUCUUAUGAUUCUAGCACUCUUACUGCUGCUACUUGUGCCUCUUCUGCUGCUAUUUUGUUCAUGUGGGGCUGGAGCGGCAGGCGGUUUUGUCCCAAUUACUGAUGGUUCAGCAGGACAUUUGAUUUCAUAUGACAUGGAAAAAAUGGGUGAAGAUAAGGCAGUUCCACAUCUUGUACCAUCAAUGGUCAAGGACAUCAGUGGAGGAGGGGGCAGUGGCAUGAAGAUAACAGGGUUUGGAGAAUCACACAUGAGCAACAGCAACUUUGUGGGGUCUGCUGAACAAAAUCGGAGACCAAGAAGACCAAUAACAGCUGGAUAUGACGUGGUGGGAUCAGGAUAUGGGUCUGGUUAUGAAGCAGAAUGGCGGUACUCCAAGGGAGGGAGUGUAGAUGCCUUUGAGGGUGUAGCUCUGCCUGAGGCUUACCUGGAAGAGUACUAUGUGGAGAAGGCUAACUAUGUUUCAGCGGAAGGUCAUCCACAAAAAGAUGCCAUGUUGGUGUAUGAUUAUGAAGGCCAGGGGACACCUGUGGGUUCGAUAGGAUCUUGUAGUUUUAUUGAAGAAGAUCUGGACCAAAGCUUCCUAAAUGAACUAGGACCAAAGUUUAAGACUCUUGCUGAAAUCUGCAGGGGCACAGAGAUGACUUCAGGAGUUUCAGUUGAGCAGCCUGGUGUUGCUGUUCAGCACACCACCGUGUCCACUAACCCAGUCAUCACCAAUAAUUGUGUGGUGACCAACAAAACCGUUGAGGUGACCAGCCCAGUUCCAGCACCCCAGGUCCAAAAGAAUGUGGUUGUCACAGAAAACGUGUCUCCUCCUCAGCCAACCGUGUAUCUCCAGAAAAAUGUGGUUGUUUCUGACCCUGGCUUCGUUCAACAGCCUGUAUACUAUGCCACUAACCCAAUCAUUCAGACCACUCGAUACAUUGUUGAGCCACAGAUCCAAAGGAAUGUCGUGAUAGAAAGGUCUUCUGUCCCUGGCUUGCAAGGCCACCUUCUAAUGAGUGACGUUCCAAGCACUCAGAAUGUGAUGGUGACCCAGAAGAGAUUGGUGCAUGGCUCGGGUAAUCAGGGUGGCAUGAUGGUGGGGUUAGAUCAGGGUACUCUGCGCACGAGUGAAAUACCAAACUCACAGCAUGUGUUACUGCUGGAAAAUAGAGGUUUUGAUCAGGGAAGUAUGCACUUCAGUGAACCUGUUUCUCAUAAUGUGGUGUUGACGGAGAAGAGAGUGGUGUCUGGACAUAAUGUGCAGGGUGACAUGAUGGGGUAUGAACUAGGCAGCUUGCACAGGAAUGUAAUGCCUGGUUCACAGAAUGUAAUGGUAACAGAGAAGACCGUGGUAUCUGAUUCCAGUAUGCAGGGUGGAAAGAUGGGUUUUGGUCAGGGUACUCUGCGCAUGAGUGAAAUGCCAAAAUCACAGAAUGUGGUGCUGUUAGAAAAUAAAGGUUUUGAUCAGGGAAGCAUGCGCUUGAGUGAACCUGUCUCUCAUAAUGUGGUGUCUGGACAUAAUGUGCAGGGUGACAUGAUGGGGUAUGAACUAGGCAGCUUGCACAGGAAUGUGAUGCCUGGUUCACAGAAUGUAACAGUAACAGAGAAGACCGUGGUAUCUGAGUCCAGUAUGCAGGGUGGAAAGGUGGGGUUUGGUCAGGGUACUCUGCGCAUGAGUGAAAUGCCAAACGCACAGCAUGUAACAGUGACAGAGAAGAGUGGUAUCUGGAAGUAGUGUGCAGGGUGGGUUAAUGGGAUGAAGUAAGAUGCACUUGGCAUAUAUAAAAGGUUGUUUAACAAACUCGUGUGAGUGAGGACAGAGCAAAAAUUAAGCCCACAACAUAGACGGAUAUCCUUUACAUUUGAAUUAAGUAUUAAAGGAUUCUGUAUCUAAAUCAAGGAAAUUUAAUUUUAUCCAAGGUUUAUGCCAGGGUUCUGGGAAUUUGUCUUGAAUGAAUACAGUAAUUCAUUUUUAAUUGUCAAAGGCUGUUUAUGUAAAAUACAAUCUGUAUGGAUACAUAAAUGCUUGUGUGCUGUAUUUGUGUGUGCAUAUAUAAAACAAUUGUAAUCCAAACAGUAAUCAGUAGAUGAACUUGUUAGGUUUAAAGGCUUGGGGCAUGGCAUAUACAUUUUGAAUGAAGAGUGGUUGAUACUUUGAGCUUACAGGUUGGAUCAGUUGUGCUGUACAUUCCUCUUUAAACACUAAUUGGGUUCUAUACGCUUUAUGCAUCUCAUCUUUGCUGUUUAAAAAUACUUUUGAAUAGAAGGCUGUGGUUCUGGAAGUGAGUGAAUAUUUCCAAGAAUUUAACAUAAUUUGUGAUUUCAUAAGCAGAUAUUGACUUUUUCUUUUGAAAAUUAUCAUUAGUGGUGUUGGGUUAUCAGAGAUAGAAAAUGUUUUAUUAAGCCAGGGUUCCUAAAGAUGGGCUGUGACACAUGUAUUUUUAUAUAUAUAGAAUAGAUGGGCUUCAGUGAGUUACAAGAAAAUAAUUUC